AUGAUGCAAGCCCACGAGCUGUCCCAGUACUUUCGGAUGCCAGAGAUGGUUGACUUCCGGCAGUACGUGCGCACCCUUCCAACCAACACGCUCAUGGGCUUCGGUGCGUUCGCAGCGCUCACCACCUUCUGGUAUGCCACGCGGCCGCGGGCCCUGAAGCCACCGUGCGACCUGGCCAUGCAGUCGGUGCAGGUGGCGGGCAGCGAUGGUGCCCGGAGAUCCGUGCUGCUGGACAGUGACGAGCCCUUGGUGUAUUUCUAUGAUGACGUCAGAACGUUAUAUGAAGGUUUCCAGAGGGGCGUACAGCUGUCAAAUAAUGGCCCAUGUUUAGGUUCUAGGAAACCAGACCAACCCUAUGAAUGGCUUUCGUACAAACAGGUUGCAGAAAUGUCAGAGUGUGUGGGCUCGGCGCUGCUCCACAAGGGCUUCAAGGCGGCCCCAGAUCAGUUCAUCGGCAUCUUUUCUCAGAACAGACCUGAGUGGGUGAUCAUUGAACAGGGAUGCUUUACUUAUUCGAUGGUGAUCGUUCCCCUCUACGAUACCCUCGGAACAGAAGCAAUCACCUACAUCAUCAACAAAGCUGAACUCUCUCUGGUUUUUGUGGACAAGCCAGGGAAGGCCAUCCUCUUAUUAGAAGGUGUAGAAAAUAAAUUAACACCAUCCCUUAAAACGAUCGUUCUCAUGGACUCCUAUGGCAGUAAUCUGUCGGACCGAGGCAAGAAGUGCGGGGUGGAGCUCAUCAGCAUGAAGUCGAUGGAGGACCUGGGAAGAGCCAACAGACGGAAGCCCAAGCCUCCAGCACCUGAAGAUGUUGCAAUAAUUUGCUUCACAAGUGGCACUACAGGCAACCCCAAAGGAGCGCUGAUCACCCAUCGAAAUGUAGUGAGCGAUUGUUCAGCAUUUAUUAAAAUGACAGAGCGUGCAUUCAUUCCUUCCACAGAUGAUACUUUGAUCUCUUUCUUGCCUCUCGCCCACAUGUUUGAGAAGGUUGUAGAGUUUUUGAUGCUGAGUCACGGAGCUAAAAUAGGAUUUUUCCAAGGAGACAUCAGGCUGCUUAUGGAUGAUCUCAAGACCCUUCAACCCACCGUCUUCCCUGUGGUCCCCAGACUGCUGAACUGGAUGUUUGACUGACUUUUUCCUCAGGCGCGGACCCGGAUGUUUGACCGAAUUUUUGCUCAGGCAAACACCACGCUGAAGCGAUGGCUGUUGGACUUUGCCUCCAAGAGGAAAGAAGCCGAGCUUCGCAGUGGCAUCAUUAGAAACAACAGCCUGUGGGAUAAGUUGAUCUUCCACAAAAUACAGUCGAGCCUGGGAGGAAAAGUACGGCUGAUGAUCACAGGAGCAGCGCCCGUGUCCGCCACCGUGCUGACCUUCCUGAGAGCCGCGCUGGGCUGCCAGUUCUACGAAGGCUAUGGACAGACCGAGUGCACUGCCGGGUGCUGCCUGACUGUGCCUGGGGACUGGACCGCAGGCCAUGUUGGUGCCCCAAUGCCUUGCAACAUUAUAAAGCUUGUUGAUGUGGAAGAAAUGAAUUACAUGGCUGCCAAGGGCGAGGGCGAGGUGUGUGUGAAAGGGGCUAAUGUAUUUCAAGGCUACUUAAAGGACCCAGCAAACACAGCAGAAGCUCUGGAUAAAGACGGCUGGUUGCACACAGGGGACAUUGGAAAGUGGUUACCAAAUGGCACCUUGAAGAUCAUCGACAGGAAAAAGCACAUCUUUAAACUGGCACAAGGAGAGUACAUAGCUCCGGAGAAGAUUGAAAACAUCUACCAGCGAAGUGAACCUGUCGCUCAGGUGUUUGUCCAUGGAGAGAGCUUGCAGGCAUUUCUCAUAGCAAUUGUGGUACCAGACAUUGAGACGCUAAGUCCCUGGGCCCGGAAGCGAGGCUUUGAAGGCUCCUUUGAAGAGCUGUGCAGAAGCAAGGGUGUCCAAAAAGCUGUUCUGGAAGACAUGGUGAGGCUUGGGAAGGAUUCUGGCCUAAAACCAUUUGAACAGGUCAAAGGUAUUAGUCUCCACCCUGAAUUAUUCUCUGUAGACAACGGCCUUCUGACCCCAACGAUGAAAGCUAAAAGGCCAGAGCUUCGGAAUUAUUUCAGGUCACAGAUCGAUGAACUUUAUUCCACCAUCAAAAUCUAA